GUUUGCUGCAGUAUUAUUUAUUUUUGUGUUUUUACCUAUUUUAUUGAAAUUCUUCAACUUCAAAUUAAUUUACUCCUCGUUGGAUCGUUAGAAUUUUGAUAGACGUUUGUGGUUUGAACUUUGAAAUUGAUAUUUCGAACCGAAGUUCUAUGAAUAUUUCUUUUCUUUAUUAGUUUGUGAUCAUAAGGCUGUAAUUUUCAAUUGAAAUUAUUGUUGUAAUAAUUUUAACAAUGCGUUGCUGCGUGCCCUUCUGCGGAAACACUUCAGACAAUGUGUCCACAUCUCUGAGCACGGGAAUUACUUUUCAUGGAGUUCCCAGUGAUAUUAGUCUGCGUGCAGCUUGGCUCCGAGCCCUCGGCACACAAGAGCAUCACCUGCCCGACCCUGCUGUGGUCUGCUCUCAGCACUUUACACAUGACGACUUUUAUGAAACCACGAGUUGUGUAAAGCAGAUUCGCCCCAAUGCUAUUCCUUCAACAGUGCAGAUGUGCAUGAUAUGCCUGGACACUGACAGCAAGCUGUCUCUAAUGAGUAAACACAAGUUGGAGGAGGCAUAUGAACAGCUAACUGGACUGUCUUUGUAUCGUGGAGGAAACCUGAAGCAAACACUCUGUGUGCUGUGUGCUCAGAGAUUGAUUAACUUCAGUAGAUUUAGAGACUUGUGCUUGAGAGCCCAUUCACUGAUGACAGACUUACUUGCACAAGAUGAAUUAAUUACAAUACAACAUAAAGAAUUGAUGAACUGCACAACAAAACAUCUGAAGUUUAAUUUGACACAAACCACAUUUGCCGCUGAUCACUGUGACUUGCACAUAGAUCACACUGAUGAAGAGGAACAGACAGCAGCAGAGGAAUCUGUAGUGGGAGAUGUUGCAACAAUUAUGCUGAGGAAUAAAAACAGUUUUUGCGCUGAUCUCAUGGAAUCGAAUCAUAAAGAUGACAAUUUGAUAGACAAUUCCAACAAUGAUUGUGUUUCAAAUGGCGGUUACUCCAAUAUAAGCAUAAAGUUGGAAACAUGUUCACUAGAUGAAGAUAUAAAUGUAUCACUUCAUGCAAAAGAAGGAGCUUCCUGCACUACAGUUCCAGAACAUGUGCCCGAAACAGAGAAUUUCAUUAAGAUUGAAAGUGUUACCUUUGGCUGUACGCUUUGUUCCGAAGAGUUUAUGCGAGAGAAUGAAUACUAUGAUCACAUGAGCGAGCAUCUUCAGAAUGCUGGAGACGACGAUGCUUCACAAGUGUGCGAGCCUCAUGCAGCUGUGAGCCGCAGCAGUGACUCACUCAUGUUGCAGACCAAGACAGGAAGUCGGAGGCUGAAUGAUGUCCCUCCCCCGGCUGCAGACUGCGCUCAGGCUUUAGUCGCUCCACUGUCCGCGAGACUUGCGGCAAACAACGACCACACAGUGCAGGCAACUGAAGAAGCAGCUGCGACCCGGAAAAGUGAACAAAUCCUUGAGACUGACAUUAGCGAACUGGACAACCAAUCAUCUAGCGGCACUAAAAUAUACACAGAUAUAAAUUGA